AGACAGCUGAGAGUGAAACAGCCGUGUGUGUGUGUUUAGAGCUUGAGAUUCAGACGCGCUGCACAGCGUCUCGUCCCGAAACACUAGACGACAACCAAGAAGAGUCACUUGGAAUACUGUCCGCAGGUCUAAUGUCCGAACACAUUUCUUUUCUAAGAAAACUUGCGUGUGUGUUUUUUUCUUCUUCUGUUAGGGCACAAGCAAAAACAUCGCAUUUUCACAUUUUAAAAGCAGCUGUCUUCUCGGAAGGGGCCGCACCUUCAGCUGAACAUCAUCCAGUGAUCAUGCUGGAGUGAGGGGACACGAAAGAUCUAUAUGAUCUUUUGGAUGUGAAGUUCCACAAGCUGCUGAGUAGACGAGAUCAAGGAAGACUGGAAGACAAGCGAAGAAGUGAAGGAAGGAAGGACGGAAAGAAGGAAGGAAGGAGUUGGUUGGACUGGCUGAAGGGGGGGAAAGAAGGGCUGGAUGCUAGCCUCUAUUUAUUCUAGAAGUUCCCAGGUUCCUCAGAGAUGGCCUCCAACUUCAAUGACAUUGUCAAGCAGGGCUAUGUCCGCAUGCGGAGCAGGAAACUGGGGAUCUAUCGGCGCUGCUGGCUGGUGUUUAAGAAGUCGUCCAGUAAAGGACCUCGUAGACUGGAAAAAUACCCUGAUGAGAAGUCAGCCUACAUCAGAGCCUGUCCUAAGGUGACAGAGAUUAGUAAUGUGAAGAACAUCACAAGAUUGCCUCGUGACACGAAGCGGCAAGCUGUGGCCAUCGUCUUUACAGACGACACCUCUCGAACCUUCACCUGUGAAUCAGAGCUGGAGGCUGAAGAGUGGUUUAAAACCUUGUCUAUUGAGUGCCUGGGGACACGUCUUAAUGACAUCAGUCUUGGAGAACCAGACCUCCUUGCUGCUGGAGUUCAGUGUGAACACACAGAGCGCUUCAACGUGUUCCUGUUACCCUGCCCUAAUCUUGACAUCUACGGAGAGUGUAUGAUGCAGAUCACGCAUGAAAACAUCUACCUGUGGGAUAUUCACAACCCUCGCACCAAGCUAGUAACCUGGCCGCUUUGCUCUCUGCGGCGCUACGGACGGGAUGCUACACGCUUCACCUUCGAGGCUGGCAGGAUGUGUGACAGCGGGGAGGGCCUGUACACUUUCCAGACACGAGAAGGAGAGCAAAUCUACCAAAGGGUUCAUUCUUCCACUCUAGCUAUAGCUGAGCAGCAUAAGAGGGUCCUUAUGGAAAUGGAAAAAAACAGCAAGCUUUUAUCUAAGGGUUCAGAGGGGACAUCCUACCCCUGCACACCGACAGCAAUCUUACCACGAAGUGCUUUCUGGCACCACAUCACCGGAUCUCAGGCUGGGGUGGACUCUGCCAACGGUGACAUCUAUGGUGAUACCCAACCAGGAGUGGACACUGACCUCUUCUCUAAACGCCUUCCUCCAGAACGACAUUCGACCCUUCCUGUGGGGCACGGCUGCCCCCAACCCCCGACGCACUACCCCACGUACCCCAGCGAGUGAGCGGCUUAGCAGUGAAACCUUCCAGUUUUUCACCUCUUGACCUCCCUCCACACUGCACUCUGCCCUAAGUUUUUCCAUCAGCUCUUCCUCAGCAGGGGAAGAUCCAUGCUGCCAUGCUGCCUCAGUUCCCCCUGAGCCUGCCAGCGACGCUGAGGGCACUUACUGUGGAAAGAGGGAAACGCACUGUGAAGCUUGAAGUGCUUCGAUUGGAGCAGGGCCCACAGACCCUUGAAACUGACACGGGAGAUGCAAAACAAUGUUGGAACUGGCUCAGUCGCCUUCACAGUGCAAUAUGGUCACUCAUGCUGGGUUUCUGUGGGAGUAGAGACUAUACUGUAGGUUCUUAAUACUUCUCAGCAGUAUUUCUUAUUCUAACUCUAAUCUCAUGCACGCUCUUCAACCCUAUGCAUGUCCCCCAAGGUAAACGGCUUAGCUACGAUGGAGUUUCUUAGACAUCUGUAGAAGCCCCUACACACUAAGAAACCCCAGUGGAAGGGCCUUCAGAGUUUCAGCUUAAACACUUCUGGUCUAUGGUAUAAGUAAUCGAAAGCGUGUUUUGAUCAGAUGCUUUAAUCAUAAUUUGAUUGGCAUGUCUGUAAGACUAGCGCAGAAGACUCUGAGGAACCGGGAGCACUUUCUGAAAGGGGCAUUUUGUAUGGUCGUGCAUUUUGUUUCUCCUCUUCCCUUACUUUAAAGUGACUAAAAUGGACAGUUAUAAUGUACAAAACUGUCUCUGCCAUUUGGACGGAAGUGAGAGUUAGUACUCACUCGCUCGCGUGCUAUGUGUUCAUUUCAGAGACUGGUCCACCGUUUUAUCUGGAAGUUUUCAUGAGGGUCAGAGAUCCAAGUACAGAGGGAAACAAAGGUUAUGAAUAUACCCCGCUGAGGUGGUCGAAUGAAUUAUUUAUUUAUUUAUUGAAGUUUACCAACAAAGCACAAGACAAAUUGCAGUGUAUAGUAGUAGGUUUUCUUUAGCAGCUCAGCAGUU